AUGUCUACCUAUCCAGCUAUCAACCUCUCGGGUAAUGCACGGGCAAUCAUUGGCAACGUGUAUGGUCUGGACAAUCAUCUGUUCCCAGAUGCUGAUCGCAGAGAACACAAAGUCGCUCUGCUGCACAGAUUAGAGCAUACAUCUAAUCCUAUCGAAGAAGGUUUGGUGGUGGUUUCAAGCCAGCUCUCAGUCUUAGUUCUUAAGGAAUACGAGGACGCAAAAUCGCUCAUUAAUGGCUUCCGAAAAUACGAGUCUAAAAUCGAGAGAUAUGCCAAACAAAUCGGCAUCCGCCAGACCAUAUUCAAGCAAGCACUUUGUAAUCUCUUGGUUCCUUACACUGGGGUCGACACUGCUCAGGAGAUGCUCUGCGACCAUAAACAUCCCACAUGGUCAGAGGAUGGAUUUCUGCAGUAUUUCAAUGAUCGCUUCGGUGACGGGAUCCAUGCUGUCCAGAAUGUUCUGGAAUUGAUCAGCCUGGAUCUUGAGGCGCUCACAGCAUUCGGACAGAAGUGUGCAGAUCUGAAGCGGGAUAAGGGCAAAGAAAAGGCUGUCGCACAUCUCAAAGGUAAGAUAAAGACAUUGAUUGGCAAUUUAUUAGCCGAGCAGAAUAUCUCGGAGCAUCUUGGCAGUCUCAAGGACAACACCGAUGAUUUUCGAGCAUUACUGCAGCAGAGUAUGCCGCAAAAGCAGAGGAGCCACGUCUCCGUUGCUAGCGGACAGUCGAAACUCCGUGUAGGUAGAUAUCGAAGAAUUCAAGAGGCAGCUAAUAAUCUCUAUCACGCUUUUGGCCUGGCUUGUACCAAACACACCAGACAUGAGGCUCGUCUCAAGCUUCAAGCAGAUCACGAAAGUCCUUUACAGGUGCAAUUCACCCUUUUACUCGAGCGAACAGGCGUUCUUUCAACUAUAUUUCCAAGCAUGACAGAACAUCCUGCACUGAGGCUCACGAUUGAUUCUCAGGUCACGGGCACAAUUAAGAAUACAGAUUUGGCUGAGGCCACGUCCGGCGUUCUUGCUUCCCUGUCUAGUUGCAGGAAGAGAGGUCUGAAUUUCGAGAAAAACCAUGAUCAGACCGAGAUGAAACCGAGUAGAAAGCCGAAGAAAUCUGUAAGCUUCGCAAGCCAGUCGCCCAUCUACACUACGCCUGCCGUUGCUAACCACGAUCCUCUGCCGAACUUCUGCAACAACAGCAACUUCUGUACUCAUGUCAAGCAUCUACUCAACCAAGGAUGUCGCGAUGGACGACCCUUAGGAUACCUUGAUUCUAGAGGUUGUUCCAAACACCUCAUAUAUCUCAGCAGCCAGAAGCAAACCAUCAGUCUCUCUACGGAGCGUCAACAGCACUUGACAAAAUUCAAGACACUAUACAAUGACCCCGAGCGUCCACUUUCGAGAAUUGAAACUGCUUCACUAGCCAAACAACUUGCCGUGGCUGUCCUCCAAUAUCAUACGACACCUUGGCUAGAAGAGACCUGGAAUAGUGAUCACAUCCUCAUCGAGAGUGAUCGAUGCUUGGAGACUCUCUCUACGCAGCGUACUGAUCGACAAACAACGUCAUUUGAUCCCUAUCUAGAUGUCCUUAUCCACAACCCACAAGAAGGCGCACGCACUCCUAUUACCGACCGCUCACGAACGCUGAUCCGCAACUGGACGCUAUACAGUCUUGGAAUCAUGCUACUCGAGCUCGCUUACAAGAAAUCUAUCCGAGAGAUGCAGAAAGCCCAAGAUCUCGACCAUUCAGGAAACGAACACAAUACAGAUUACUAUACAGCUGAUCGGUUGCAACAGAGUGUGUCCAGUGAAAUGGGUCUAGACUUUGCCGAAGUAAUUAGGAAGUGCAUACAGUGCGAUUUCGGCCAUGGCGCUGAUCUAAGUGCAACAAAGCUACAAGAAGGGUUCUAUGAGGAUGUCGUUCAGAAGCUAGAGAACAUCGAAGUGAAGUUCAAAGAUCUUGGUCUGUAG